ACUUUACCUCUUCCCUCGCUCGUCUCUUCUACUGGUAGUUUCUAGUAUAGGGCAGAUCAUCAUGUCUCUUCUCAGAUCUUCUACUUCUUUAGCUUCUCGAGUAGGAUUAGGUGUUAGACCUUUGCAUACUACUCGUAUCGCUUCGAUACAUUCUACUAGGAUAAGGAGAGAUGCUUUGAUAGCUCCUAAUGAAACUGGAGGGUUCAAAUAUGUACCGGGAGGACCUGUUUUGAAAGGAACAGUUAACGACGCUACAUCUUUCCCAACACCUAGUAAAUCCCAUGGAUCUUAUCAUUGGGCUUUUGAAAGGUUAUUAUCAGCUUCUUUGAUUCCUGUCAUGGGAGCUGCUGCUGUAUCUUCCGGUAGUGCAUAUCCCGUCUUAGAUGGUAUACUCGCCGUAUCCUUGAUCAUCCAUUCGCAUAUAGGCUUCGAUUCAUGUAUCAUCGAUUAUAUUCAUCCUCGUAAAUUUCCUAUUUUGGGUCCGAUUUGUUCUUGGGCUUUGAGAGUUGGGACGGGAUUAGCAGUUUGGGGUGUAUAUGAAUUUAACACGAAUGAUAUUGGUCUGACCGAAUUGGUCCGUCAAAUGUGGACAGCUUGAAGAAUUCGUUUUUUUUAGUAGUAUGUACCAUCAAUGCAACUGCAGCUUGUCAUACGUCUUUUGG